ACGUCUUAUUUGUCUUGUUAAUUAUAAGCAAAAAUAUGGCAUCCUCGAAAACUUUACUUCUGCUUGGGCUUAUGUUCGCUGUUGUCAUCCUCAUCUUCUCUGAGGUCUCAGCUCGUGAGCUAGCUGGAACUACUACUCCACCUAGUCGAGGCGCAGUGUCAUGUAACCGUCCAGGCGCACUGUGCCAUGGCCGUGGAGAAAAAGGCAAUAACCCUAAACCUGGAGGAGAGCAUUGUAAAAAUAAUCCAAGUGUCAGAGAGUGCUAUAAGCAUGGAGGUCAUGAACGUGGAGGAGAGGAAGACCCUAUCCACAAAAGGCAUGGUCAUGAACAUGGAGGAGAGCAUGACCCCAACCAUAAAGGCCAUGGUCAUGAAAAGGGAGGAAAGCUUGACCCCAUCCAUGGAGGGAAAGGCCACGGUCACGAACGCGGAGGAGAGGGAGACCCUAACCAUGGAGCCCAUUGUAAACGUGGAGAAACCAAUAGAGCGUGCUACGGGCAUGGAGGUCAUGAACGUGGAGGAGAGGGAGACCCCUUCAACCAUGGCAGCAAAAACAGACCAGGACAACCAGGCACCGCUGAGACCGAAACAAAGAAUUAGAUAAAACCUUGGCCUGUGUACGUGUGUGGAAAGUUUGUUUGUCAAUAAAAAGGUCUAUUACAUAUGUUGGUUGAGUAGUUGUGAACACUCAGGCAAAAUCAGACCUACUAUAUAAGGUUUAUCUCUGUACUGUUACGUAAUGUAGUCUUGGAUCCUGCUUGUUAUAUGUACUUAAUGCAUGUGAUUUAAUUUUCUGAAUUGA